GUGUCACUUCCGCGUCGGCGUUGUGUUCAGUUGUGAUUGGAAGUGGGAACUCCCCACAGAGUAAUGGAAAUAUACGGCAAUUUAUUUAAUUCUUCCACCGUCUAAACAAUCUCGUAAGCUUGUAUUUUCUUGUGUGUCCUGGGAGGUCAGAAUACCGGCCACAAAGCACGAAGAGAAGCAAGGGGGGAGCAAGCUAGCUUUUUAGCUAGCCACUUUGACUGGCCUGUCAGUGACUCCAGGGUUAACUUAUCUCAUGGAAGAUGGAUUUCCUCUGUGAAAUAGUUCAAGCCUUGGUGGCAUUGGCAGCUCUAGGUUUCAUUGUGGUGCUCAUAAUAGCACACGUCACUGCCGGGAUGGUGAAACUGACCCGCCACGAGAAGGAGAAAUACUUCUUCACCGCCACAGGAGAGAAGGAGCUUUUCCCCAGCCUGCACGAUCCCCAUGCCAGGGAGCUCUCUGUGGUGAUCCCGGCCUACAACGAGGAGCUUCGAAUGCCUGUGAUGUUGGAUGAAGCAAUGGAGUACUUGGAAAGCAGACAGAAACAGCACCCCUCCUUUACCUAUGAGGUCAUUGUCGUUGAUGAUGGCAGCAAAGACAAAACCACAGAGGUUGCCUUGCAGUACACUAGGAAGUACGGUGCAGAUAAGGUGCGGGUUCUGACGCUGGUGAAGAACAGGGGGAAAGGAGGAGCUGUGCGGAUGGGAACUCUGAGCGCCAGAGGGAAAGUCAUUCUGAUGGCAGAUGCUGACGGAGCCACAAAGUUUUCUGACAUUGACAAAGUGGAGGCUGGACUUAAUGACCUCAACCCCAAACCGGAGAAUAUGGCGAUUUCCUGCGGUUCCAGAGCUCACCUGGAGAAAGACUCGGUGGCUCAGCGAUCUAUGUUUCGUACAUUCCUUAUGUAUGGCUUUCACUUCCUGGUGUGGUUCUUUUGUGUGAGAGGGAUCAAGGACACUCAGUGCGGCUUCAAGCUUUUCACACGUGAGGCUGCACUCAAGACCUUCUCUUCCCUCCAUGUAGAGCGAUGGGCUUUUGAUGUGGAGCUCCUGUAUAUUGCCCAGCGUUUUAAAAUCCCCAUAGCAGAGGUAGCAGUCAACUGGACUGAAAUAGAAGGGUCUAAGCUGGUCCCGUUUUGGAGCUGGCUGCAGAUGGGAGUGGACUUGAUUUUCAUCCGCCUGCGCUAUAUCACCGGAGCCUGGAAGCUACAGUUGCCGCAAAAGACUGACUAGCCAAUCAGACAAGCCCCAGUGUCGUAGAGACAGUCUAUGAUGGGGCCAUCAAACCUUUGGAUGAGGUGGGAUUAACAACUGUGUCCAUCAUUCACUGUAAUCAACCACACAGAACAAAGUACAGCACGUCACAUCCUUCUGCUUUCCAGACGCCAUUGGAUGUGAAAUAAUGACACAGUUGCGAGUACUUUGUGGUUCUGCCUUAUUUUUUAAUACGGAUUUUGGCUUGUGAUGGCCACCGUUACAUGCACUCUUCUGUUGCCACGGCUUACAGAACAUCUGUAUGACUGAUCCGUGUAAUAAGUUACUUAAUGUUUAUUUUAUGGCCAAUCAUCUGUAAGAGAGAAAUGUGGAGGAUGCAUUUAUCUGUGUGUCAUGGUUCUGACAGAUUAAAUGAAUGUUAAGAUAUGAGCUUUUCAAAAAUGAGGAAACAGGACCAUGGGUUGGUGCGCUGGAUGACUUGAACAGAAAUAAAUAAAUAAAUAAA